GCACUCAGUUGUGCACUGCCUCUCCUGCCCCAAAAUUUUAGUUUUGGCGCACUGGGACACGAUAGACAGGAUCAAGCGAGCUCCCCUUCGGCGCGGACCACCCGCCAAGCUCGCCCUUAGUUGUACCUAUAAGCCCCUCCUUCGCCUGUGUUGCCUACUUUCUUACCUCACCACGGUCUUCUUCGACCUUGUUCUUUGUUUUCAGGCGCAGUCAACCUUCCCAUUCUUGGGACCGCCAGAAACACUCAUACAAUUCGUUUUAUUAUUCUUUCAUUACCCUAUUCUUUUGUGUUUCCCCAAUUUGCCUCUUUCGCCGAGCUAUCUAAACUCGUCGCCGUCCUCGGAUUUCCGUCGCACUUAGUCUCGACAUAUUCCUUCCGUUCUCUCCUCACCACACCACUUACGCGAUGCCUCCUCAACUACUGCCUGCCUCGGCGGCAGCUUUCGCACCCAGAGCAAACACGGUCAAUGUCGUUCUAAGUUCCAAGGUGGAGCCAUGGUUAACCCAGACGCUGAAGCGCAUUAAUCGCAUCAAGCGCCCUCUCAACAGUGUACCACAACAUCAAAGAUGUCUGACCGAGACUCUAUCCUCCUCGACCGCGAUAUGGACUCUCACCUCUCUGAUGUUGCCAAAAGCGCCGGAUUCCGAGUUGCGCAAGGACUCGAAUCCUCUCAUCGAAGCUCUGUUCAACUACCAACUCCUCCAUGUCGAGGCCUAUAUUGUCCAUGUGGAUAUGGUACUACGGAACGAGGUCGCAUUCAAACUCACGCCCGACUCAAUAGAAUCCCUCAUCGAAUACCACAAGGACAUCCAUUGCGUGGACAUAUCUGCCAACACGUAUAGCUGGUCUGAGAAGGAGAUGCAGGUCAAGAAGCUACAUGAAGAGUUCAUUCAAGCUAUCAAUAAGUUUGUCUACCGAACGCAUGUCUCUGCACUCGAGGGUCUCGAGGAGGAUGGUGCUGGCGAGCUGUUAUGUGGAAAAAGUGAUGAAGUGAAGAACAACAUUAUGGGACUCUUCCUUCCAUUGUUACCUCCUCCACCAAGGAUCGUUGACGUUGUCCGACAACCACCGCUUUUACCUAGCUCUCCAGCUAACGCGAAUUGGUGGUCUCAAUCUACUCUUCCCUCAUCUGUUCCAGCGCCAGUAGACUCGUGGAGAGUAAUCCCAUCAAGUCCAAGCACCACAUCCUCAGUUGACUCGAACUCAUUAUGGGCCAGCAUGGGUUUGACAGACAUCCAACUCCCGUCACCAACGCCGUCCUACAGCCAGCCAUACUCAACCUCGGCGAUGUUCUACAGCUCACCUCAGGUCAGCGCCCCAAUUCCAUCACUUCCAUUACCGAGCAUGCUAGCGCAGCAGCCUUGCGGUAUAAGUGUCGGAUAUGGCGGCUUCAAUCAACCCUGGGACAGGUAUCAAGAGUACGCGACUACGAUGUGACAAUCAAGGCCCAGU